ACAUAACAUUAGCCUAAUUAUUUACAGAAAGCUCAUAGUUAUUUACCUGUUGUUGGUCUUUCUUAAGUCUAAAACCGCUUGGCUGACCCAACAAUAACCCUAUUUUUAGAGUCACUGUGGUCCAGGGCCCCUGGUUUGGGCGGCCCUGCUGAUUCAGGCGGAUAGAGAGAGCAGGAGGAAAAGAAGAAGGAGGAGGAGGAGGAGUGUGUGUGUUUGUCAGCAGACACUGAAGAACCGGAGUCCCAGUGGCAGUUUAGGAGAGUCUUGAGCGGGGAAAUCUCUGUCUAAUACGGGAGAACUCAGAAGGGGGAAUCCGCGAUGAGUUGGGGAACGGAGCUCUGGGACCAGUUUGAAAAUCUGGACAAACACACUCAGUGGGGCAUCGACUUUCUUGAGCGCUACGCAAAGUUUGUCAAGGAGAGGCUGGACAUAGAGCAGAACUACGCCAAACAGCUACGGAACUUGGUGAAGAAGUACUGUCCAAAACGCGCCAAAGAUGAGGAGCCGAGGUUCACAUCGUGUCUGUCCUUCAACUCCGUACUGAAUGAGCUCAACGACUACGCCGGUCAGAGGGAGGUGGUGGCGGAGGAGAUGGCUCACAAGGUGUACGGAGAGCUGAUGAGGUACAGCCAGGACCUCAAAGCUGAGAGGAAGCACCAUCUACAGGAGGGCAGGAAGGCCCAGCAGCAUUUGGACCAUUGCUGGAAACAGAUGGACAACAGCAAAAGGAAGUUUGAGAGAGAGUGUAGAGAAGCUGAGAAAUCCCAGAUUACCUACGACCGGUUAGACAAUGACAUCAACGCCACCAAAUCAGAGGUGGAGAAGGCCAAAGCCCAGUUCUACCUGCGCAAUCACAUGGCUGAUGAGAGUAAGAACGAGUACGCCGCUCAGCUGCAGAACUUCAACGCAGAGCAGUGGAAACAUUUCAACAACGCCAUACCACACAUCUUCAAGAAUCUGCAGGACAUGGACGAACGUCGGACGGUGAAGCUCGGGGAGACGUACCGGAGCUUUGCUGAGGCCGAGCGGAGAGUCAUUCCCAUCAUCUCCAAAUGCCUAGAAGGAAUGGUUUCUGCUGCCAAAGCUGUCGAUAUGCGAAAGGACUCACUCAUUGUCGUGGAAUCGUUUAAGUCAGGCUUCGAACCUCCGGGCGACUUCCCCUUCGAGGACUUCAGUCAGAAUCUGAGCAGAGCGGGUUCAGACGGCACCAUCAGCAACACGCCCAAAGGAGACCGAGAAGGGGCCCCGGGGCCACGAACCGAUCCGAAACACCCUAUGAGCAGAACCAAGAACAAGCUGUGGCUGUUUGGGAAGAAACCAAAGGCCCCAUCUCUGGAGGAUUUCAGCCACUUACCCCCCGAGCAGAGGAGGAAAAGGCUGCAGCUGAGGAUCGACGAACUCAGCAAAGAGCUCCAGAAAGAGAUGGAUCAGAGAGAUGCCCUGAACAAGAUGAAGGAUGUUUAUGAGAAGAAUCCACAGAUGGGAGACCCCAGCAGCCUGCAGCCCAAAAUAUCAGAGACCAUAUGUAACAUGGAGAAGCUGCGCUCGGAAAUUCACAAAAACGAGACUUGGUUAUCUGAGGUGGAGGGAAAGCAAAGCUCCAGAGGAGACCGAAGACACAGCGCUGACAACCACCAUCACACUCCUCAAGGCAGAGAGAGCCCUGAGGGCAGUUAUACAGACGACACCAGUCAGGAGCAUCACACACCUCACAAGCGGCCCAGUCCUCCACAGCCCGGCCAACCCAACCCCGACCCGCACGAGUUUGAUGACGAAUUUGACGACGACGACCCGCUGCCAGUCCUCGGACACUGCAAAGCGCUCUACUCCUUCGAUGGUCAGAACGAGGGGACACUAGUGAUGGCAGAAGACGAGGUGUUGUACAUCAUCGAGGAGGAUAAAGGCGACGGCUGGACGAGGGCGAGGAAGCAGAGCGGAGAGGAGGGCUACGUUCCCACCUCCUACGUAGAAAUCACCAUGGAGAAAAACUGCAAAGGUUCCUGAGGGCUGCAGGGUGGCCGGGCGAUUUGAUUGGCUGGUGAAGGGCUCACGCUGAUUGCUGAUUAUUGGUGGUGGUGGUGAGGGUGGGGGGGGGUGACGAAAAAAGAGACAGGUAGAGAGGGAUAGACAGAUGAGGCAGGAGGAUGGAGGCAGGUUUGCAUGUCUGCAUGCUCACAUAUCCAUAAUCAGCAAAGCAUUCUGGGUUACUAGAGGAAGAAGGGAGGGUCAUAAGUAGAAGAGUAGAUGACCUCAAAGCCCAAAAAAGAUACUAGCACUAAUAUCAUCUAAUAAUAAGCGGCAGCCAUUGGAGAAGUCCCACCCUGACUAGGAGUUUCUAAACUUUUUUGCUGCAGAAGUUUGACAUGGUAACAUUUGAGCAGCAGUGGCAGAAAACUAGGAACACAGGGGUGGAAACCACAAUCCCUCCUCUGCUGCUGUGAUAUAAAACAUGUUUUAUAUCUAUGAUGAAGCCAGUGUCAGACGUUUAUUAGAAUAAACAGAAGCUGCAACCGCUUCCUGGUCUGUCAGGGUCGACUUCUGUGAUGGCUACACACUUUGUUUAGGAGGAAAUCCGAUCACAUCAGGGGGGAAAACUAGCUGAUGUUCUUCUCUCUGUGGGUUCAAACAUACAGUGUAUGUAUCACCUUGUUUGUUUUUUUUGUUAAACCUUUGACAGCAAAUCGAAAGCAUGUGCUACGACGGUCAGUGUAACGCUUAUCAGGAAUAUGCAGGUCAUUAACUGCAUAUGGACCAAAAAAAAAAUGAAAAA